AUGUAUUGUAUCAUUCGUAGAAUACACUUUGGCUAUUUUCCUGGGUUACGAUUCCAAUCAAGUUCAUUCUUGAAUUCCUCCUCAUAUCGCAACAAAAACCUACACACUUAUCCUGGAAUCCGGUACGACAAGAUACCAAAUUUCCAUAAAGAGGAUUCUUCGGAUGAUAAUGAUUUGAACGACGUCAGUAGACUCUCGAUUAAAACUCUUCCCUUUCCUCCCUCUGUUAAAGACAAGCUUUUUACAUUAAUUAAAUCCAUAUCUAAGAAAAAGGAUAUUGACAAUAUCGGAUCCUACAUUUCGAAAAAGAUGGCUUCCAGAACAUGUGUAGAACUUCCGAAGAUUUUACCCUCAGUUUUGUUGGACUCUAACACACCUGAAAAUAAGUAUUUGAACCAGGCGAAGGAUUUAUCCAAUGAUUCCAAGUUCCCACAUCUCUAUAACCUACUAAACAAGGGCGCCGUCGGACCAAACGAGCAGGCUCAAAUCAACCUAAGUGAAGCAGAAGACUCAAGGCACAAGAAAAGUAAUAUAAACUACUCUCCACAAGUAUCUGUGGCGUAUACCGCCCAUACUUAUUUUGGCCAUUAUGCAGUUUUCCUAAGAAUAUUUCACGAGAUAAACAAGAGGGUUGAAAAUCUAAAACUGUCGAAGAUCAUGUUUUACAACCCUGGUCACGGAGCUUCGUUGGUGUAUGUUUCACUUUUUCAAAAUUUUAGUUCAGCAAAUACCAUUUGGGACCUGAAAUCCUCUGAUAUACUGGUAGUUGAGCCGUCACAAAAUCUUUUGAAGAUUUGCCAACAUCUUAUAUCAGAUCUUAUUAACCCAAGGUUCCAAAAUGAUAUCUACGAAAUAACAGAACACUUUGAUUUAAUUGUGCUUCCAUAUGUGCUCUCGAACACACUAGGACAUAAGUCAAGGACUCUUUUGGUAAAAAAUUUGUGGAACAGAUUGAAUGUUGGAGGAAUUUUGGUGGUUGCUGAACCUGGGACUCCAACUGGGUUUAGGAUGAUUCAUUCCUUGAGAGAGUUAUUCAUAUCACAGCUACAGGAUAAAUCUUUUCAUUUCAUAGCUCCAUGUCCUCACGAGGGGAUUUGUCCAUUGGCGCUGACCGGGAAGGACUGGUGUCACUUCUCCCAGAGAAUUUACAGAAUACCUCACUACAUUUAUAAAAAGGGUUCAAUUUCGAAGUCUAUAGAUGACGAAAAGUUUUCAUACUUAGUUGUUGGGAAAUAUACCGGGCCAAGGUUUCUAGACUAUUCAACUAGUGCAUGUUAUAAAACAUUUAGGUCCAAAUAUCCAAAGGAGUCUUUAUCAAUUUCGCCUGCCGAAAGAUCAUACUUCUGGCCCCGAAUCGUAAUGCACCCACUCAAGGUUGGAAGGAGGGUACUUAUCGAUGUUUGUAGCAGUCCAAAUCACUUCAAAAGACUUAUUGUUCCAAAGAAUACUCCAGAAUCUAGCGGAUACCGAUACGCAAGAGACGCUCUUUGGGGUGAUUUAUGGCGUUUUGAUCAGAGGGUAGAGAAACCUGUGGCCAGGGGUUACACACCACCCAAGGUGGUGGAUUAUUUGCUUAACGAGUCUGCUAGGGAGCAGAAGGUUAGAACCCUAGAAUUUUAUCUUUAG